AUCGCAUGCGACAAUUGUCGGUCAAAGAAAUGCAGAUGUGACCGGCGCGUACCUUCAUGCUCACAAUGUCGCGCUUCCUCGUUUAUAUGCCGUUAUCAAGAGGGCGGGAGGCGAGGGCUUCCAAUUGCCUACAUCAAUAGUCUUGAACGACGCCUACGAGAGACUGAGUCUGCCCUCUAUGCAACCCUGCUUGCGCACAAUGAGCAAGACAUCAAAGCCAGUAAUUUUGGCCUUUUAAAACCACCACGAGAGCUCUCAAAGACCGAGAGGCAAGAUGACUGGAAGCGACUUCCACUUCAGACGCCUGAGCAGCUCGCCACCUGGUUCCAUGAGAAGCAGCAGCAAGCAGUG